AGAAGGGUGGUGCCAACUCCUGGCAGAAGAUGUCCCUCUGGAGUGUUCAAAGAGACGGACUGGGGAGAGCCUGCAGUUUGGAGAAUUGGGCCAAGCAAGACUAACAGUCGAUUCCAGGGAUGGCGCGCCUCUGAGAUGGAGGGGUCCAGGCAGGGCUGCUGGCCCGAGCGCUCCGCCCUCCCCGCUCUCCCCACCCCCGGGCACCGCGCCGCGCCGCGGGGGAGGGGAACUGGGGUGGCGGCGGGGCCGCGGCGGCCAAGCUAGGGGUAGCGGCCGUGCCGCGAUGGCGCUCGGUGGCGUCGGCGGUGGCGGGGCCCGGCGAGGGGCUGGGGCUGCGGGCCCGGAGAGGGUCACCCAUCCGGAGCCCUGAGUCGCUGCCCGGUCCGGCUCCACCAUGAGCGUCGCGCUGCAGGAGCUGGGUGGCGGUGGCGGUGGCAACAUGGUGGAGUACAAGCGGGCCACGCUGCGGGAGGAUGACGCGCCCGAGACCCCCGGAGAGGGCGGGGCCUCCCGGGAUGCUGUGGAGGUGGGCACAGGGCUUCCCCCUUCUUCCCCAGGCCCCAGGCCCGGCCUGACGCCCCGCACGCCCAGCAGCCCCGGCCAGUUCCGGAGGGCCACGUGCCCCCAAGUCUGCUCCUUCACCGGCCUCUGCACUAGGACCACGGUGGGAUUCCGGAAGGGGACCACGCAGCCCUUCGGCCCACGCACACAGCUGGAGCUGGCCUUGACGGGUGUCUCUCUGUUGCUGGCGGCUCUGCUUCUGGGCUGCCUGGUGGCCCUGGGGCUCCAGUCUCACACAGAUCCAUCCCACAGCACGUGUCUCACGGAAGCCUGCAUUCGAGUGGCCGGAAAAAUCCUGGAGUCCCUGGACCGCGGGGUGAGCCCCUGUGAGGACUUUUACCAGUUCUCCUGUGGGGGCUGGAUUCGGAAGAACCCCUUGCCCGAUGGGCGUUCCCGCUGGAACACCUUCAACAGCUUGUGGGACCAGAACCAGGCAGUCCUCAAGCACCUGCUGGAAAAUGCUACCUUCAACUCCAGCAGCGAAGCGGAGCGGAAGACGCAGCGCUUCUACCUGUCCUGCCUGCAGGUGGAGCGCAUCCAGGAGCUGGGUGCCCGGCCUCUGCGGGACCUCAUUGACAAGAUUGGUGGAUGGAACAUUACGGGUCCCUGGGACCAGGACAACUUCAUGGAGGUUCUGAAGGCCGUGGCGGGGACUUAUAGGGCCACCCCCUUCUUCACGGUCUACGUCAACGCGGACUCGAAGAGUUCCAACAGCAACAUCAUCCAGGUGGACCAGUCUGGGCUCUUCCUGCCCUCUCGCGAUUACUACUUAAACAGAACUGCCAAUGAGAAAGUGCUCGCUGCCUAUCUGGACUACAUGGAGGAGCUGGGGCUGCUGCUCGGUGGACAGCCAGCAUCCACCCGGGAACAGAUGUGGCAGGUGCUGGAACUGGAGACGCAGCUGGCCAACAUCACGGUGCCCCAGGACCAACGGCGGGAUGAAGAGAAGAUCUAUCACAAGAUGAGCAUCUCAGAGCUGCAGGCUCUGGCGCCCUCCGUGGACUGGCUUGAGUUCCUGUCCUUCCUGCUGGCACCCUUGGAGUUGAGUGACUCUGAGCCCGUGGUGGUGUAUGGCACAGAUUAUUUGCAGCAGGUGUCGGACCUUAUCAACCGCACAGAACCAAGUGUUCUGAACAAUUACCUGAUCUGGAACCUGGUGCAGAAGACAACUGCAAGCCUGGACCGGCGCUUUGAGUCUGCACAAGAGAAGCUGCUGGAGACCCUGUACGGCACAAAGAAGUCCUGCACGCCGCGGUGGCAGACCUGUAUCUCCAACACAGACGACGCCUUGGGCUUCGCUCUGGGGUCCCUCUUUGUGAAAGCCACAUUUGACCGACAAAGCAAGGAAAUAGCAGAGGGGAUGAUCAGCGAGAUCCGCUCUGCUUUUGAAGAGGCCCUGGACAUGCUGGCUUGGAUGGAUGAGAAAACCCGGCAGGCGGCCAAGGAGAAAGCAGAUGCCAUCUACGAUAUGAUUGGCUUCCCUGACUUCAUCCUAGAGCCUAAGGAGCUGGAUGACGUGUAUGACGGGUAUGAAGUCUCUGAAGAUUCUUUCUUCCAAAACAUGUUGAAUUUGUUCAACUUCUCUGCCAAGGUGAUGGCUGACCAGCUCCGCAAGCCUCCCAGCCGAGACCAGUGGAGCAUGACCCCCCAGACGGUGAACGCCUACUACCUUCCAACCAAAAAUGAAAUUGUCUUUCCUGCUGGAAUCCUGCAGGCCCCCUUCUAUGCCCGCAACCACCCUAAGGCCCUGAACUUUGGUGGCAUUGGUGUGGUCAUGGGCCAUGAGCUGACACAUGCUUUUGAUGACCAAGGGCGUGAGUAUGACAAGGAAGGGAACUUGAGGCCCUGGUGGCAGAAUGAGUCACUGGCCGCCUUCCGGAACCACACGGCCUGCAUGGAGGAGCAGUACAGUCAGUACCAAGUCAACGGGGAGCGGCUCAAUGGCCUCCAGACCCUGGGGGAGAACAUUGCUGACAACGGAGGGCUGAAGGCUGCCUACAACGCUUACACAGCGUGGCUGAGGAAGCAUGGAGAGGAGCAGCGGCUGCCAGCCGUGGGGCUCACCAACCACCAGCUCUUCUUCGUGGGAUUUGCCCAGGUGUGGUGCUCGGUCCGCACACCAGAGAGCUCUCACGAGGGGCUGGUGACCGACCCCCACAGCCCUGCCCGCUUCCGCGUGCUGGGCACACUCUCCAACUCCCGAGACUUUCUGCGGCACUUCGGCUGCCCCGCUGGCUCCCCCAUGAACUCAGGGCAGUUGUGUGAGGUGUGGUAGACUUCGGGGGUGUGGGAAGGGGAUAGCCGGCCAUCACCAGGGCCUGAGCCCUUGGUUUAGAAGAAAGCAAACAGGAGCUGGGCUGGGUCCGGUGCCUCCCUACUGCAGGUGACGUGAGUCCAGUCUCCUCUGCACUGCCACAUUGUGCCUCCGCUUUGGGGGUGCCCCUGCCUCCUGCAGAGCCCCCGCCGUUCACUGUGACAUCCUUAAGUGUCACCCAGCCUGGAGGAGCUCUGGGUGGGGGACUACUUCUCAAUGGAAGGAGUACACCUCUUGUGGCCCUGACUUAGUGAGCUCAAGGCUGUGGGGCCUGCUGUGCCUCCCGGCUCCUCCCAGACUCGGCGCCCACUUGGGAGUGGGCUCAGCUCCCAUCAGCCCCGUGCCCCCUGUGCUGCUGCCACGCACUGCUGCUCACCCUCAUGGAUGACCCACUCUGCUCGGCAGUCAGUGGAAGCCAGAGGGUCUUCCACCUUUCCUGCUGGCCCCGUCCCUGGGCUGAGAAGGAAAGUGGGUAUGUGUAGGGGAUGCUGGUCCCUAUCUUUCAGGGCAUGGUCUCAGGGGUGACUGAGUCUCCCUGGACCAAGCAGAUAGAGCAGGGAGAGAGAAGGACAGAGUUUAUUUUUGCAGGGAAGAGAGUGGGGAGGGUGUGAUCUUGUAGGACCCUAUGCCAAUAAAUAGACCUGCAUCAGUCA